AUGACCGCGGUCAAUAUCCUUACAAAAAUGCAUGUUUCUAGAAAACUUGCUUUUAUAAGUGCUUCAAAACCCAUAAUUGGGGCCGCCGCAACCACCAUGUUGCAACCCACCACCAAUAUGAAAACCCGAUUGUUCUUUGAUAGAUCAUUUUGUCAUCUGCUGAUGUCCUUGGGUAGUUUACCAACAAGAUUAACUGCAAGCAUUCCAAGAAGUCCUAGAGUCGGAUCGCCAUACCUUAUCAUUUGUUCUAUCGGGAACCCUGAGCCCGAAUACGAAGGCACUAGGCAUAACGUUGGUCAUUUUGUGGUUGAAAAACUACGACAAUACUAUGGUUUCAGUGAUUGGUACAACAACGACCUUGAGAAAUGCAAAUGCGCUUUACCGACGUCAUCGUCCACUUCCCCAGAUUUACCGGUGCUUUUCUAUAAAUCUGGCACAUACAUGAACGUUUCGGGAGCCCCGUUGAAGAAAAAUUACAAUUUAUUGAAACAGUAUACGGAAUCCAAAGGAUAUGUCCCAGUAUUGGUGAUUGUCAAUGAUGAAUUGGGAUUCAAGGUAGGGAAAGUCCAGCUUAGAAAAAGAAAAGCAGGGAUCAGGGGUCACAAUGGUUUGAGAUCAAUAAAACAACAGCUUGGCGAUGGAAAUUUCUUGACGAUCAAUGUGGGGGUCGAUAGAUGUCAAAGUAAGGAUUCAAGAGAUGUUGCAGAAUAUGUUUUAGACAAGACUCCUCGUGAAGACUUGCGAAGAAUUGAGGCCGAAUGCAUUCCAAAAAUCGUCACAUAUAUUGAUGAAAUGUUAGAAGGUAAGCAUAUUAAUGAACUCCAUAACCCUUGA